UAUUUCCUCUGGAGGAAACGCUGCGCAAGCAGCCAAUUCUUCGUCGGGAUGCUUUAAAUAACGACGAUGAGGUCGGCUUUACCCGACUGAGGUCCUAGUUGAUUGGACGCAGGUGUUGAAGUUCGGGUAGAAUCUAUUAUAUAUGCAGCUUUGCGCUGCUUUCGCUACUUUCUUUUUCUCCAAAAUUGCUUCUGUCUUUGGCGUCUCUCCGCAUUGCUCUCCCUUUUAUCUGCAUGAUGAAGCUCUCUCUGCUUCUCUUCGUGGCAAGUGCGUUUGCAGCCGGGCCGGCGGAAGAUCCCAAACUUGAGCCCGUCGUCCGCCAGGGCUCGACGCUGCUGCUUGACGGGCAGCCGUGGAAGGCUGUAGGGCCAAACGUGUACUGGCUUGGGCUGGACGAGAAUGUGACUCCUCUUGCCGGGGAACCCUUCGAUCCCUCGACAAAUGCCAGUUACCCAACUAAGGGCCGCAUCACGGAGGUCAUGGCGAUUGUGACGGCCAUGGGUGGAACUAUGAUCCGGGCUCACACCCUUGGAGUCAGCACGGGGAAUCCGUUGAGCGUCAUGCCAACCCUCGGGAAGAUAAACGAGGCUGCUUUCGAUUCGAUCGAUUGGGCUGUGUUCCAAGCUCGGGAGUACGGAAUCAGGCUGCUGGUUCCUUUAACUGAUAACUGGGACUAUUAUCACGGGGGCAGAUACACUUUCCUCCGCUGGGCAGGCUUCAACCUCACCCAGGCGAGCGACUCGUCAAGUCCUCUCGUCCAGCAAUUUUAUACAAACGCCACCAUCAUAGCGUCGUUCAAAGACUACACCACCAAGCUGCUGACGCACGUUAACAAGUACACGAACAUAUCCUACGCAGACGACCCAACCAUCUUCGCGUACGAGACGGGCAACGAGCUCUCAAAUGUGCCGACUGAGUGGUUAACUGAAAUUGCGAAGCAUCUCAAGUCCCUGGCGCCGAAUAAGCUGGUCGUAGACGGCACGUUUAACGUGAACCAGGCGCACUUGAACAUUCCCGAGGUCGACAUAUUCUCGAGUCACUUUUAUCCCCCUACCGCGUCUAGGGUGCAGUCUGACUUGAGACUGGUUGCGACUGCGAACAAGACUUACAUUGCGGGAGAGUACGGCUGGAUUGACAAGAACGGCGGGUCUUCUAAUCCCAGCACCGACUCCUUGGUUUCAUUCUUCCAGGAGUUGGAGCGGAGUCCAUCCGCAGGAGGCGAUAUGUUUUGGAGUUUGUUCGGCCACAAUGUUCCAAACUGUAAUAUUUUCGUCAACCACAGUGACGGCUACACGUUGCAAUAUGGCAAUCCACAGAACUCGGCGGACGUCAAUACCAGGAUACAGCUGAUCCGGCGACACUUUGUGAAGAUGAGCCAGGGGGUGGACAUCAACGCGACUGCGGCUCUUCCGGUAGUUCCCUGCCCAGCCCCGGACCAUGGGUAGUGUACUCGUGGGACAAAUCAUCACGAUUUCUUCGGUCAAAACAUUCGGCCAAUCUUCAUCAACUAUCCUUUAUUCCUGAGAUAUAUAAUUCAC